CCGCGAACAUUCUUGCACUGCGCACUCUGCUUGAUAGCGUCCUCGAUUCGACUUUUUCUUUAAUUUAUUUGAUCAGCGCUUCCAUUUAGUCUGACAAUGUCAUCCCGGAUUGAUAAGGUCAUCGCCCGCCAGCGAGAAAAGAUUGCCGAUGGCGCCUACUACGAAGCUCACCAGCAACUACGUGUUAUUGCUGUCCGGUAUAUCAAGCAGUCCAACUACGAUGCUGCGGCGGAGAUCCUAGCUGGUGGCGCGAAGGAGCUAUUGAAAGCUGGUUCUCAGCAGGGCGCAUCGGCCAGUGGUGGAGACCUGGCCAUCAUGUUGGUGCUCGAAGUAUACAACAAAGCCGAAUGGGAGAUCUCAGGCGGUAAUGAUGAUGCAGAGGGUCGGGCUCGGAAGAAGCGCCUGAUCGAGCUACUGCGCGAAUUCCCGUCAGAUGAACCUACACGAAAGAGAUUCAUCCAAGAAAUGAUUGGAUGGAGUGCAAAGUUUGGACCACUUGAACGAGGAGAUCCGGAUUUACAUCAUGCCGUUGGCUCAGUAUACGCCGAAGAUAACGAGCCAUACGAUGCCGAGAAACAUCUCACCCUAGGAACCUCCGAAUCAGCCGAGACCCUUGCAAAGCUCGAGUACGAGUGGUACACCAGCGACGAGCCGCACACCGCCGCGAUCUAUGCGUCACGCGCAGUCUUCCCAUACCUCCUCACCGGAAAUAUCCGCAGCGCGAAUAAAGCCCUACUUAUUUUCACUUCACGGCUUGCAGCAGCCAAUCCUCAGCUUGGUGUGCAAGAUGUCAGCAGUGCCAGCUCCGACGCCCGGGUGUUCCCUGCCCUUCCUUUGGUGAAUUUCAUCAGCAUGUUGCUGCUGGCCAUCCAGCGCGGAAGUGCGGAUCUCUUCCGACAGCUCACUGCACACUAUGCGACACAAAUUCGAGAAGUGGGUAUCUGGGACGAUGCUUUGGCUCAGAUUGGUGAGCAAUACUUCGCCAUCAAGAUUCCCCGGCAAGGAAACCCCUUGAUGGACAUGAUGAGUGGUAUGUUGUUUGGAGGUCAGAACAAGACAGGUGGCAGAGGAGCAUCCAGAACUGCGAAGAAGGUUGAGGCACCGCCAUCGAGCAUGGAGCUCGAUUAA